GACUUUCACGAGAUCCAGCUGGGGCCACUGGAAGCCCUCUGCCCUUCUGGGAUACGCCAGGCCUUUGCCAGGCUGUUUGUUCUUGGCGCUCGGAAGCGCUCCUCUUCGUCCUUCGGAGCCCCACGCGCGCGGCCCCUUCCUCCGGGAAGCCUGCCCCGCCGCGGUCCGCGGGGCGAAGUGGCUCGUCGGGGCUUCCCCGGCCUCCCGCCCCCGACCCGGGACGCGGAGGACGGCGCCGCGCCCAGGUGGGUCCCCCGGCUCCUCGCUCCUCCCGGGCCGGAGGGCAGGGCCCGGCCGCGGCCAGCGCGGGGCGCCCCCGUGCGGCCGAGGCGGGCGCGGCGGCCAAGAUGGCGGCCCGGGCCGGGCACCGCCCCUUCCGCCCCGCCGGGCGUCGCACGAGGCCGGCUUCAAGGGGAAGUGAGUCAGUGUCCGCGACCUGGCCAGCCGAGGCCCGUGAUCGCCGUGGCCCCAAGAGGCCCCGGCCGGCGGCGGCGAGGCGGGCAUGGCCGGGGGGCCGGGCCCGGGGGACCCGGGGAACCCCGCGGCCCCCGGCGCCCAGUCCUUCCUGUACGAGGUGCCGCCCUGGGUCAUGUGUCGCUUCUACAAAGUCAUGGACGCCCUGGAGCCCGCCGACUGGUGCCAGUUCGCGGCCCUGAUCGUCCGCGACCAGACCGAGCUGCGGCUGUGCGAGCGCUCCGGGCAGCGCACGGCCAGCGUCCUGUGGCCUUGGAUCAACCGCAACGCGCGCGUCGCCGACCUCGUGAGCAUCCUCACGCACCUGCAGCUGCUCCGCGCGCGGGACAUCAUCACGUCCUGGCACCCUGCAGCCCCCCUUCUGACCCCCAGCACCACUGCCCCGCCGCCCAGCAGCAUCCCUGCCCCCUCGGAGGAGGCUGUGAGCCCCGUCAAGCAGCAUUCCUCAGUCUCCACCCUCCUCUCGCCAGCUUUUCCAGGCUCCCAGAGCCGUUCUGGGCCUGAGCUGGGCCCCGUCCCACGCCCUGCCUCCCUCCAGCCACCCCCGCCAACGCCGGCCCCUUCCUCUCCCAAGCCGAGCCCCGAGAGCCCGCUGUCCUUCCUGCAUGGAGCCCGCCCCUCUCCAUUCUGCUGGCCCUUCCUUGAGAUCUCCCAGGGCACACACAACUUCUCUGAGAAGCUCAAGAUCGGGGAGGGUGGCUUUGGCUGUGUGUACCAGGCCGUGCUAAGGAACACCGUGUAUGCCGUGAAGAGGCUGAAGGAGGAAGCUGACCUGGAGUGGAGCGCCGUGAAGCAGAGCUUCUUGACCGAGGUGGAGCAGCUGUCGCGGUUUCGUCACCCAAACAUCGUCGACUUUGCCGGCUACUGUGCCCAGAGCGGCUGCUACUGCCUGGUCUAUGGUUUCCUGCCCAGCGGCUCCCUGGAAGACCACCUCCAUUUCCAGACCCAGGCCCACCCGCCUCUGUCCUGGCCCCAGAGACUCAACAUCCUGCUGGGCACGGCCCGGGCCAUUCAGUUUCUACAUCAGAACAGCCCCAGCCUGGUCCACGGAGACAUCAAGAGUUCCAAUGUCCUUCUGGACGAGAGACUGAUGCCCAAGCUGGGGGACUUCGGCCUGGCCCGCUUCAGCCGCUUUGCAGGGGCCAGCCCCGGGCAGAGCAGCGCCGUGGCCCAGACUCAGACUGUGCGGGGCACCCUGGCCUACCUGCCCGAGGAGUACAUCAAGACGGGCAAGCUGGCUGUGGAGACGGACACCUUCAGCUUCGGGGUGUUGCUGCUGGAGACCCUGGUGGGCCAGAGGGCAGUGAGGACCCACGGCUCCCGGACCAAGUACCUGAAGGACCUGGUCGAAGAGGAGGCCGACGAGGCCGGGGUGGUCCUGAGAGGCGCCCAGAGCACAGCACAAGCAGGCAUGGCCGCGGACGCCUGGGCGGCCCCCAUCGCCACCCAGAUCUACAACAAACACCUGGACCCCAGGCCCGGGCCCUGCCCGCUGGAGCUGGGCCUGCCUCUGGGCCAGCUGGCUUGCUGCUGCCUGCACCGCCGGGCCAAGCGGAGACCCCCCAUGACCCAGGUCUACACGAGACUAGAGAAGCUACAGGUGACAGCAGGGCCAUCUCUAGAACCAGAGGCCGCCAGCCACAGCUCUCCAUCCCCGCAGGAGAACUCCUAUGUGUCCAGCAGCGGCAGUGCCCUGAGCAGGGGUGCCCCUUGGCAGCCCCUGGCAGCACCCUCGGGAGCCCCGGCCCAGGUGGCAGACCAGCUCCGGAGAGGCCCCAACCAGCCCGUGGAGAGUGACGAGAGCUUGUCUGGCCUCUCAGCUGCCCUGUGCUCCUGGCACUUGACCCCAAGCUCAUCCCCAGGCCCUGGGCAGGCCAGCUGGACACAGGCGGGGGGCGCCACAGGGGAGUCAAGCUGGGGGAGCAGCCCAGAGCCCCGGCCCACAGCCGUGGAAGGCUCGUCCCCGGGCAGCUCUGCGUCGUCAGAGCCGCCACAGAUCGUCAUCAACCCGGCUCGACAGAAGAUGGUACAGAAACUGGCCCUGUACGCAGACGGGGUGCUGGACAGCCUGCAGCUGCUCUCGUCAAGCUCCCUCCCAGGCUGGGGCCUGGAGCGAGACCACAAGCAGGGGCCAGAAGAGAGUGAUGAAUCUCAGAGCUGACAUGCCCACCUGGGCAGAUCCCCUGGACCCGGCAGACACAGUUCUCACGGUUGGAAGUUCUCAUGGUGUGCAAACACUCGGCGGCCUGUGGGUGGCGGGGCCGGGGUGCUGUCCUCACUGGGGGAGAGAAGGCGGUGGCCCCCGCCGCUGCUCUUGGGGCGUGGGCACAGCAGGCUCAGGGCCGGGCAGCCAGGCCACUGGGGCACCAGCUUGCCAUUAGUGGGGCAGGACGUCCUCAAAGGCCUGUCUUCGGGUCAGUGUUCAGGGGAAAGGAAGACCGAUGGGGUCUGAGGGGCAUGGGGGGGUAUUGCACGGUGGGCUGCUGGUGAGGGGAGAUGGAAGGGGGAGCUAGGAGAGCUGAGCAGAGCAGCUGCAGAAGGAGCCCUGAGCCAUCUCUCUGUGGCCCUGGUCUUUCCUGAAGCCCUAGAGGAAAACGGCCACUCCCUCUGCAAAAUAGAGCCCAUGAGGCCCACUGUCCCCAGGCAUCACCAGGGAGAUGCCAGCCAGCCAGACAGCACCUGCUAGCCUGGCACCCCUGGGUGCUCCAGAUGGCUCCAUGUCACAGGCUCGGCCUCUGGCCUAGGCACUGACUGUGACGGAGGGACCGCUCCCCGAGGUUCAGCCAGGCCCAAGCCCCUGUGUCUCCUAAACAGCAAGAUGCCCCCGAAAAGGCAGGAAGGUGGAAGCAAGGCAGAGAGGGAGAAGAAGAAUUUUCAGGAAAAGAAAUAUGACUCACGUUUUUAGAAGCAAGUCACUGAGUGUCGCCUCGAGUGUCUUAGUAGCCCAGGGCUAUAGCACAGGCUUACGGUGACUCUAUGUCCACAGUUACGUGUCACACUACACGCCCCCACAAAGCUAGGCAUUGGUGAAGUGCGAGUUGUCCUUGAGUAAUAAAACCUUACAUGUUUUUGA